AUGAGAAGACAUAAACCAAAGAUAAUUAACGAACAUUCACCCAUUCUUGAUGAAUUUAACGCUGAGAAUUCUCAAAAUAUAGCAGAAUCUGAGAAUAAUCUCGGCAAGAUGAACGAUUUGAUGAAAAUUAAUCAAGAUUACAAUAUACUCAACUUUGACCAAAUGCAAAAUUAUAAUUAUGAUUUUCACUUUAUUCCUGAAUGGUUUAAUACGUUACCACCAAGUUUAAGUAGUACAAAGGGCUUUGUUGUUGAUAGUUUAGCUAGUCUAGCACACAUGGGCCUAAUGAGUCUAAUUUCAACUCAAGCAUUUCAAAAUUCCUAUUGUUCAGUUUUCUCUAGUGAGACUGAGAAGGCUGUAUGUCUGAAAAAUAGCAUUGAAAACAUAAAUAAAAUCGCACAAACGGGGAGACAAAUAAUGUCACUAAAUUUUCGUGUACUAGCAGGAGGAAGGAUGGCGAAGGAAGCACUUGUUUCACUCAAUACGCUAGCCUCAGACCCUCAGAACGUUGGAAUGAUAAAAACUCUAGGGUCGACGAUAAUAAUGUAUUUGACCCUAAUGAGGGAGUCUGUAGGGGACGAGUUUGUUUAUUUGCUUAUUAAUAAACCUUAG